AUGUCAAACUUUUUUGAAUUACCAUCAGAACAUUGGACGUUUGAAAAAAUUGCGGCCCACUAUUGCUUUGAAAGCGAAGCUCGUGUUUUCGAUCGUAUUAAAAAAGAUCUAACGUCACGUUCUAACAUGAAAGACGAUUCCGCACUGCUAGCAAAACAGCUUGUAACGUCCGACUGGAAGUUAGCUGGGAAACUGCUUGUCGCUGCCGAAUUUCUUCAAAAUACAGGAGAAACCAUUUUUAUGCUUAUUUCUGUGGUGAGUUUAAUGAUUUCUCCGGUUGCUAAUCUUUUCAACAAGCUCUCAUUUCUUCUGUUAUACAAUACACAGAGAGAAGCUACCAUUUCUACAUACACAGAUGGAGCAAAAUCUAUGGCGAAGGUUCGCACGGAUAUUCUUAAUAACAUCGACCAUGUAUCAUCUUUUAAGCGACCCCAUGAUUUGGAAAAGGAUGAUACCAAUCCAAGAAAGCGACCGAUUCAGAAUCCAUCCGCGUCUGCUUCCUCCGCAAUUGAUUAUGACGAACCAUCUGCUUCUGAUAACAGGCCAUCUUCUUCCUCAGAAGUUGGUGAUGAUGAAUUAUCGGAUAAUGAGAUUUCACCUUUUGAACUUGACCUAGUAAAAUUUGAUAAAGCGUACUCGGAAUUGGACCCCAAUUGCAUGUGGAUACUUAAGAGUGGUCGAAAGGUGGAAGAGGUUAUCUAUAAGUUUACGAGAAAUUUACCUGGAGAGACAUGCUUACAUUCAUUCAUAAUAAAUGAUGCCGACACAGAUGCUGAAUCAUUAUUCUCCACGGAAGAAUGGGAUGAAAUUACUAAUUUAGAAUCUAAGGACUUUCCAAAUCUUGAACGUUCUCUUAAAGACUUAAUGAAAAAAUAUACAGUUGACAACAUAAAACAAUUACAAAAGUUAAUUCUUGAACCAUUUGUAGAUGAAUACGAUAAUGAACUUCAUUUCGAUCAUAACUAUAUAAAUUAUGCAUAUCGAAGUAUGUUAUUCCUAUGGCAAAAAGCUCAAAAUCCCUUUAUUGAUUCAAAGUUAGAAGGGUGGUAUCAGAUGAACAUAUGGGGUCUUUUGAUAGACCCAGCUUUUGAUAAUCAGAACUUUGAGUUAGCACGUGGUGAAAGUAUGAGUUUCGCUUCUAGUGACAGGAAGAACCAUAAGAGAACAAUUAAUGAUAGAAAGAUUGGCCGUAAAGGCGAUGGAGUUUUCAGACUAAGUGGAGAUCGUUUAGAAUUUGGCGCGACAGAAGCUGGACGUAAAUGGGAAGGAAAAAGCGGGACCAAAUACUUGAAUGACUCUUUAAAAAUAAACAAAAUGUUAAAGGAUAUGAUAGGUCAGCUUGCUGUGGCGUGUGAUGGGAAGGAAGAUCUUGUAAGAAAGUUGCAAGUGGUAGGAAUUUUACAUGGAGCUAACAGGUUUCAGCUACUAAUAAUGGACUAUCCCAAGGGAUACAUUUCUCGUGUUAAACAUAGAAAAGUUCACACAGUUGCCGGACGUUUAAAUAAGUCAGAACCCCUUGCAUACACUUUAAAAGAAAUAUUAUGCGCUAAGGCUAUCAUUAAUCAGACUUUGGACAUGAUAAAUACGAAGAAUAAUGUUAAUCUGGAAAAUUUUCUUGACGAUUCUGAUGAAGAAGGAUAUCGCACGCCUCCUCGGACUGUUGCCACACCUAAAACUUUCAUAACUCCAAAGACAAAGCGAACUUUAGAUGUAAUUAAUAAUGAUAGCGAAUAG